UUUCCACUAAUUAGAACCACGAAUUCUUUAAAGAUAAGAAUAACAUAAAAUUUCUAAUACCCAAACUAACAAGCAUAAAAAUAAAAAAUUAUGUUAGUGAUUCGUGAUUGUAACUGAAAGUUAGAAUGAAAACCCUCCAUAGCCAUUGCAGCACCUUCAUGUUCGUAUUCUCUCUCUUCUUCUACCCUUUUCUCUCUCUAGCUGUUGACACCAUAACACCCACACAACCCCUCACCAUCAGCCAAACUCUAGUCUCUAAUGGUGAAGUUUUCGAGUUGGGGUUCUUCAAUCCAGGCAACAAUAAUUUGUAUAUAGGAAUUUGGUACAAGCAAAUUCAGCAGAAAACAUAUGUUUGGGUAGCUAACAGAGACACCCCCAUUACUUCAUCCUCCGGGAACCUAACCAUCAUCAGCAACGGCAACAUGGUGCUUGUAAAUCAAACCGGAACUGUGGUCUGGUCGACAAAUCAACCUACACAGGUGGUGAAGACGGUGGGGCAGCUUUUGGACAACGGUAACUUUGUGCUUCGUCCGGAAAACGAUGAGAAUCCAGAGAAUUAUAUCUGGCAAAGCUUUGAUUAUCCGACUGAUACUCUAUUACCGGAGAUGAAACUCGGGUGGGACAGGAAGUCUGGAAUUCAUCGGUUUUUGCGGUCGUGGAAGACGAAUAUCGUUCCAUCCACCGGUGAUUAUUCUUUUAAACUGGAUAUCGCUGGGUUCCCGGAGCUUGUAACGAUGAACGACGAAACCAUAAUUUGGCGCUCUGGGCCGUGGAAUGGGUUAAGGUUUAGCGGCACACCGCAGAUGGUGGGGUUGAAUAUAAUGAAGUUUGAAUUACAGGAUAAUUCCGAUGAGAUUACUUAUUCUUUUGAAAUGCUGGAUAGUUCUAUUUAUUCGCGAUUCGUUGUAAAUUCUUCUGGUAUUACUCAAAGAUUGGUUUGGGCCGAAACAACAAAAACCUGGAACACCUUCUGGUAUUUCCCCGGUGAUUUCUGCGAUCAAUUUGGUGAAUGUGGUCCGUUCGGCGUUUGUGAUACAUCGACUGCACCGUUCUGCAAUUGUAUGACCGGAUUCCGGCCUAAGAACAAACACGCAUGGCAUCUACGAGAUGGAAAGGACGGGUGUGUUCGGAGCUCCGUAAUGGACUGUGGGUCGGAUGGGUUUCUGCAAUUGAAGAACAUGAAAUUGCCGGAGAGUUCAAACGCGUUUGUAGAUCAGACGAUUAAUUUGAGCGAGUGUGGUGCAAUUUGCAAGAAGAAUUGUUCCUGUGCUGCGUAUGCUAGUAUGAAUAUCACUGAAGGCGGGUCGGGUUGUGUGAUUUGGGUAGGGGAUCUUAUGGAUAUUAGGCACUAUGCUGAUUCUGAAAAUCGAGGGCAAGAUCUUUACGUUAGAGCUGCAGCGUCUGAUUUAGAUCAAUCAAUAGGAGCCGGAAGUUCAAAAAAUGAUUCCGGCAAUGGCAACCACGUUGGUAAGAUUGUCGGCAUCACCAUUAGUACUUGUGUGGUACUCAUAUUUCUACUUGUUCUCGUCUACUCGAAGAGCAAGAAAACAAGAACUUUGAAAAAAUCAUUGGAUAGAACAGGUCCGCAAGAAAGAACCGAAGAUUUCGUUGUAAAUAAAGGGGCAAUUGUACCAAGUAGAAAAGAUUAUUACAAUGAAACUACCAUGGAUGAACUUGAAUUACCAUUGUUCGAUUUUAAGACACUGGCUAUGGCAACAAACAACUUCUCGGAUACAAAUAAACUUGGACAAGGUGGGUUCGGAUGUGUUUACAAGGGUAUAUUAACAGAAGGCGAAGUUGUAGCAGUAAAAAGGCUCUCAAGAAUUUGUGAGCAAGGUAUAGAGGAACUUAAAAACGAGGUCCAAUUAAUCGCAAAACUCCAACAUCGAAACCUUGUUCGCGUAUUAGGUUGUUGCAUUGAGGUUGAAGAGAAGUUGUUGAUUUAUGAGUUCAUGGAAAACAAAAGUCUUGAUAUGUUUCUUUUUGACAAAGAGAAAAAUAUGAAACUCAAUUGGAAAAUACGAAUCGAUAUUAUACAUGGGAUUGCACGAGGGCUCCUUUAUCUUCAUCAAGAUUCAAGAUUUAAAAUCAUUCAUCGAGAUAUGAAAGCGAGUAAUAUUUUGCUUGAUAAGGACAUGAACCCGAAGAUAUCAGAUUUUGGUAUUGCAAGAAUUUUUGGGAGAGAUCAAACAGAAGCAGAAACAAAAAUAGUGGUUGGAACAUAUGGUUAUAUGUCACCUGAAUAUGCGAUGGAUGGUCAUUUCUCAACGAAAUCUGAUGUUUUUAGUUUCGGGGUUUUGAUUCUGGAGAUAGUGAGUGGUAAAAAAAAUAGAGGUUCAUCCAACACAAGUAGCCAACUUAACCUUCUUGGACAAGCAUGGAAGAUAUGGAACGAAGACAACGCUUUAGAACUACUAGACGAAUCUAUUAGAGCUAAUUUUUCAGAAAAUGAAGUAUUGAGGUGCAUACAAAUUGGAUUAUUAUGUGUUCAAGAACAACCAGAAGAUAGGCCUGAUAUGGCAAAUGUGGUGUUGUUAUUGAGUAGUGAAAAUGUACGAAUGCCACAGCCAAAACAUCCUGGAUUCUUUAUUAGAAAAAAUAACAAAGAAAUUGAGUAUUCGAGCAAAGAUGACGAUUCCAAGACCAUAAAUGGAAUCACAAUAUCGAUACUAGAUGGUAGAUAGCGAAAAUAAGAUAGUUGCCAUGUAGUAUCAUAUUUUCCCUUCUUCUUCGAUCCUUAAUUUAUUUUAGGAUCAAAAAUUUCCUCAUGUAUCAUCUUAUUAGAAUGUUUUCAUUAUCUUCAUGUCUUCUUGUGAAUUUCUCCUUUAAUCUGAAGUUUACAAACA